AUGGCCGCAUUCCCGCGCAUCGAAGGUAAGGUCGAGAUUCGCCCUAGCGCCGGUAUUUCAGCACCAGUCAACAUCUCCAUGGUUACAAUAUGCCUCCAACGACGAGAAACGAUACACCCUUCCGCAGAUUCGGUAACGAAGAGACAUCUAGCUGCGCCCCGAAAGGAAAUUACGGAUAUCGUGGGAAAGGAAAUGCUACUUUUUAGAUGUGCAAUGGGCCGCGACCAUGAAGAGAUAAUUGCCAUGGACCUCCCUUUCGUGUUAUUCAUUCCCUUUGGGAAACCUGGACAAGAGUCGUCUCGGCGGCUGCCUCCAGCAAGCCUCCAGUUACCCAGUAGAACGGCAGAGACAUAUUAUGAGCUGGUGGUAAUGGUGCAGCAAGGUCCCGCAGAGCAAAAAAAAUAUGCAUUUCCUGUCCCAAUCUCGAGAUACGAUACCAUCUCGAGCUUUGGCAUGUUCAACCGGCCCGAAUCAUCGGAAAAGGUCUCAGACCAUUUGGUAACUCUAGGGAUAUCGAUUCCGCGCUGGUCGUUUGGGCCCCUGGAUCCAAUCAGUGUGUGUGUCAAGCUCUCUCCAAACCCGGAUUGGAUGAACAAGGCUCGACGAGUGACGAUACAAAAAAUCACCAUUUCUAUCGAUGAAGAGAUCAUCUAUAACCAUGAGGGUGACGAACCGCAACGCAAAACUAAAACCCUCACAAAGCGAGCAGAGAGUGUUAAUAUGAAGUUACCCGAAGCGGGAUAUAUCACCACUCUAGGUCUUGUAUUUCCCUCAAGAGAUCUAAGAGAUGCAGAAGGAAUACUACCGCGAGGGAAGCCGGCGUUCCCGAUGUACGCUGUCAACGGCUUCACUACUACUGCGUCACUAUAUAAAAUCGAAUACUACUUAACAGUUAAGGCACAUCUAACGUCAGCCAGAGAUAUCGUUCUGCGACAGCCCAUAGUGGUAUGUCCAUUUGACCACACAGGAUGCAUACAAGAAAUGGAUGCCGUCCGGAUAGCUGCUGAGAACGCAGGCAAAAUUAACCCGGACAAUCCAAUGCUACCACUGCCUACGAUAAUCCGAGUCCAUGACCCUCAAGCUCUGAAGUACCUGGGUGUGGCCAUAGUUGGCAAUGUGAAAAAGCCAGUGAUCGAAUGA